ACGAGAGAGAGAGAGAGAGAGAGAGAGAGAGAAGAGGACGAGGAAGUCGACGAACUGAUCGCGCGACCACCAGCCUCACCUUCAUCUCCGGCGACCACCACCACCGGGUCGACCUCCGUUGACCAACCCUUCGCGAAAAUCGACGCACCACAGACGACAAAUCCACCGCCAAGCUGACGUGGGGCCCACGCCACGUCAGCAUCGGGUUUUUUGAGCGUGGGCUGGUUUCGUGCUCCAUAGACUUAUUGAGGUGGAUGAAAGUAGAGAUUUGAUCCUUGUCAGUUGUCACAAAUUACUCCCAUUAAUUGCACCUCCUUCAAUUCAACGCCAUCAAAACCAGCCCAAGAUCGAUAUGGCGAGAGUCAGGGACAGAAUGGAAGAUUUUAAAGAUGCUGUGCACCGCUCAGCUUUAUCUAUGGGAUAUGACGAGUCUAAACUGGCAGCUGUGAUGGCAUCUUUCAUUAUGCACAAACCUCGGCAAAGGUCAUCUUUUACCAAAGCUGCAUUGACUACGCUUGAAAGCAUCGGAGCUUUGGAACAGUUCUUGGUGAAGCAUAAGAAGGAUUAUGUAGACUUGCACCGCACCACUGAGCAGGAGAGAGACAGUAUUGAGCAUGAAGUUACAGUUUUUGUUAAAGCAUGCAAAGAACAAAUAGACAUUCUCAAAUCUAGUAUAAAUGAUGAAGAGUCAAACUCGAAGAGGUGGCUUGGCAUAAAGGGUGAUCAUUCUAAUGCAGAUACUAUUGCACACAAAUACGGAGUGGUGUUGAUUUUAAGUGAAAGGCUUCACUCAGUAACAAGACAGUUCGACCAGCUUAGAGCGAUACGGUUCCAAGAAGCUAUUAACCGAGCAACACCCAGAAGAAGACUGAAGCGGGUUGCUGCAUCUAAAUCUGCGGACAACUCUCAUUCUAACAAGAUAGAGCUGAAGGAACCUAACCACUCAGAGCUCAUAGAGCCUGAUGAGGUUCAAACUGACCCUAUAAGAGUCCAGCAGCAACUUUUGGAUGAUGAAACUCGUGCCCUUCAGGUGGAGUUGACUAGCCUUCUAGAUGCUGCUCAAGAAACUGAGACGAAGAUGGUGGAAAUGUCUGCAUUGAAUCACCUCAUGUCAACACAUGUUCUGCAACAAGCUCAACAGAUAGAGUUUUUGUAUGAUCAGGCGGUUGAAGCUACAAAGAAUGUAGAACUUGGAAACAAAGAACUUUCCCAAGCCAUCCAACGGAAUAGCAGUAGUAGAACUUUCCUUUUGCUCUUUCUUUUUGUAAUGACUUUCUCAAUCAUCUUUCUUGAUUGGUAUAGCUGAAUGGAGGAAGACAAAGAUAAGUUUCAUUACCUGGAUGCAAUAUAUGGUUAUUCUGCUUGCUGAAA